AUGAAUGUAAUUUUUGUGAUUGUUGAAGGUGAUGGUGCUAAAGAAGGAGAUGAUAGUGUUAAUCAGUUGAAAACAUAUCCAGCGGAAAAGAAAGCAACUUCUAAUGUGCAUGAGAUAAUACUGAACACCAACACCAAGUUCAGCUUAAUGAGUACCUUCGAUGUUGGCGCAUUGAUCGAAGUCGGGGGACUCACCAAUCAGAUGGUUUGGAUAAAGGAAGCAAUACGGGUUGCAGGGAGUAGAGUCAAGGGUUAUUAUGGUUUUGGUAGAUCAUAUGGUUUGUUAUGGGUCAAGUUUACAGUCGGGAAGGGUCUUCAAGAAGAAUAUGAGUGGCCAUUUUCGAGUGGGCUUGUAAUGGGAACUCGCGUUUGGAAUCGCGAGCGUAUCCGUGCACGGUCUAUAGUAAGAAAGAUGUGGAUCAAGAAAUUUUUAUGUCAAAGGCCUCAACUGGAGGGUUCAGGAUUUAGCUUAUGUGUCUGUGCUCUGGGAUUGUUCACCUAUGUAAAGGUCGCGCAAGUGAUGAUGGAAAUUGUGGUUUUCAAAUACACUCGGCACAGUCAAAUCAUCAUCCACUUCACAGAAAUGGCAAAGCAAAAGAUUGUGGUGAAGGUCACAAUGAACAACGAAAAGAAAAUCCGUAAGGCUCUGAAAAUCGCAGUUAGUCUCUCCGGUGUGGAAUCAGCAUCUUUCGUGGGAUCAGAUAAAACCCAAAUCGCUGUGACUGGGGAACAUGUCGACUCAGUUGAACUGGCGACCUUGCUAAGGAAAGGUGUUGGAUACACAGAGCUACUGAGUGUUGGUCCGGUGGAGGAGAAGAAACCAGCCGCCGCAAAGGAAACAAAUCCCACGGUGGCGCCACUAGAUUUUACAGUUAAUCCAUACCAAUAUUACUACGGCAGCUAUGGGAUGCCCUACUAUGCAUAUUAG